AUGUCUGGUCUACAAAGAGUGCCAACCCCUUACCCUUCCCAUCUCCAGACACUAGAAGAAUGCUUCACAGCUGGAAUAAUAGAAAUGCCAGUCCCCAUUAGGCCCAUCUUGAGCUUCCCUUCUCACCAGGAAUCUGAUGACUCUUCGCUAGAAUUCCUUGAAGAUGGAGGCUUUAGAUACCCUAUUGCACCCUUGACAAAUGUCACCCAUCAACCAUUCCUUAUUCCAAAUUCUUCAGAUUCUUCCACCAACAACACUGUAGUUCUACAUCAAUUUCCUGGACCCCUAGAAGUUCCCCAGAAUACCUCUGAAGCGUCUACUGGAACUUACCAUGGUGUUCCCAUCCAAUUCUUCACAUCCUCUUCACCCAUGAAUGUCUUGUCCUCUCCAGAUCCUGACCAUCCUCCAGCUGAGUCCCUCACACCAGAUUCCCCCAGUAUGCCUCCCCUUGCAUCUAAUGCCUCUGAUAAUGGUAGCCUUGCCUAUGCUCCUAAUCUUCAACUAUUGGCCAAUGUCAGCAAGUACAUCAUGGCAUCGGAAGGAGGACACAGCAGUGACCCUCAGGAAUUUGUCAUCUAUAGUGACAAAAUGAUCCAGUGUCCUAACAACAAUGUUACCAGAAUGUGGCAAACAAUCCCCUUCAAUACUUCCACUCCCAUUCAGGAUGUUGACCCCCUGGAGCAAGUCAUGCCUCACUUCCCUAGGGCCUACACCCACUCAGUGUCACAACCUCCUAUGGGUGUUCCUAUCAAUACACUCCGCACCACCGAUCCUGUUGGAAACUGGAACUCAUCAGACAAAGAAUGGGAGGAGGACACUUGGGAGUACCUGCUGAUGCAAGACAAUAACCUGUUAGAGAGUCUGUGGGCAUUGUUGCAGGACAUCAGGGAUCCAGGAGUAAUUGACAAAGCUGACUGGUUCAGAGCUGUCAAUGCAAAAAUUGGCUUACUACUUGCUGCACAAAGAUCCAUUGGUGCCAAACUUCUGCAUACCGAGGAAGAAAUGAGCCAGUGUUGA